AUGGCCGAAAAUAUCGAUGCUGAAUUAAAGUCCACGCUGCAACGUCAAGUGCCGUUGCUGCGCGUCACACCGUCUGACAGCUUACGGCGAGAUAUCGCAAGUAUGAUUUUGGACGCCACUUCCUCAUUCUUCAAAAGAUGGAAUCAGCAAGUUGACUCUUUGGAGCAUCCUUACACAGCGGAGGAAGCUUUACACGUUUUGCUCCUUUCCCUGGGACGUGGAGAUGCCCAGGUACGCCACCGCGUCCUGGAGAUGCUGGCGGUGACAUCGCAGGAAAAAUGUAGAAGAAUUCUUUGGGAAUUUUUACCAUUUACUUUUCCUGAAGAGCCCUCGCAAACGGCUUCAUCUGAAAUUGUGAAGGCUUUGCAAUCGAUACUCGCAAAAGAACAGGCGACCGUCCUGCCAAUUCUGAAGGCUCUCUCACUGCUACCUGUGGAGGAUGAUAGUCCGAACGAAACUUUUCGGAUAGCAAUGGACGCUAUUCCUGUAGCGGAACAGAACCAGCUAUCAGCUGUUUUUCAGAUCAUGUUGGUCAAUGUGGCAUCAGAUGAAGAUUCAUCUUCUGCUUACCAAGCAAUUCGAAAUAAAAUAUGCCAUGUUGAAACACUUGGAGAUGUGCCGAGUCUAGUUAGUGUUUCAGGGCAAGCUGUCGUGGCGCUACGCAAUGCCUUUCUCAACGAAUCUAGUGGUGGCCUUUUGGCGAAAGCUUUUGUGAAGCAAGUCAUCCAAUUAGUCCAAUCGAAUCCGGGAAGAUGUCUAUUUUUCGAUUGGGCCGUAAUCCUUACGCUAUUAGAACAACCUUCUCACAAGAAGAAGUUUGAAGAUUUAUUUGACGAGUGGCUGACCGGUUCUUCCUUCCCUUUCGCUGCAAUCAAUCGAUUGGUCUCCAUUUUCUGCCUUGUUUCGAAAUCAGACCCCCCAGUGCUAUACACUGCAUUGAUACGUUCUUUCAUGCACCUAUCUCUUUUUUUGAUGGUUGCUCCUCUUCGAAUUUCUGUUCCGAGGCGAACACGCCAGACGUAUGAGUCGGUAGUUUUUGACUUCCUUCUCGCUUUGGACGAUACGUCACAAGCAGAGUUACUACAGAGUAUAGUGCAUCUCAGUGCUGAACUAGCACAAGGGCCAGUGGAGCUGUCGUUGCGAAGAAGACGGAGUCUUUCGGACGAAAGUGUGGAUUAUGCUUGCCGAUCGGUCAAUCAUAUCCUCGGCAAACUUGCCGAAAGAAGUCCGUCAAUUUUAGGCUGUUUUCGACACGUUCUUGAAAGUCGCCUGUCUGGAUCUCUGUUCAGUCAAUCGGAGCCAUCGGACCUGAAAUCGGUAUCGGAAAUCAGUAAUAUGCUCUCGUCUCUGGCAGUAUCGGGCCCACAUAGUCAGGCUAUCGCAAGGGUGCCCGAUCUAAUGGUGCUGUUGAAAAAGCUAUUGUUUCCGUCGGCUGAAACCUGUGUCGAUGCUCUUGAUGAUUUUACCAUCGUUGCUAAAGGCCUUAUUCUCGCGACCGCAAUGAUCAAAAAAGUCAAUCUUGACGAAGAGGCUAGAGAUACAAUCAAAAAGUGGGUUCUACGUGUGAUCCUUCCGUCUACUAGACGCAUGAUAGAACCAGAGCUUGGAUCCCCAGGUCUGAAAUUUCUCGAAGCUUGGAUGAAUGAAGAAGUCAACAAUGACACCCACCUUGUUUUUCAGCACUUUAGGAAGGUUCUUUCAAAUACAGGUCUAAUUCAAGUUCUUUCCCACUAUCAAAAAAGCAAACGAAAGUAUCACACGGUGCUUGGAUAUGAGAAGACGACUGGUCUGGGGUCGUCAACUUUACCUGAGAAGGAGAAUGAAAGGCGACACAUUGUGUUUUGUGUUACUUUCUUUCUGAAGCAUUUUGAGCUUCGAAAUUCCGACAGAUGGAAACAUGCUAUGGCUUGGACUUUUGAGCUAGUAGACACGUACUUGAGGAUAGGAAGGGGAAAGGCAAGAACGAAUUGGAAGCCUGAUUGUUGGCUGCAGGCUAUGAUUGAAUUUCCCAAAGUCAAACUAGCAGGUCAUGGUGGUUCUCAUCGAUCCAUUCGCAUAAAACAAUGGCUCAGGAAAAUAUUUGAGGACCUCAACCCGGAAAAUUUUAAAGCUACCGAAAUUGUUGUGGAUCCCAAUGAUUUACUGGAAUACCUUCAAGAGGUACAAGCAAUAGGCGAUAUUCAGCUAUUUUGCGAUGAAGUGCUAUUUUUUGAAUUGUCGUUGCUCGUCGGACUGGCAGUUGUCGCGGCUGUUUUGAAAAAUUCGCUGGCCCACUUCCGUUGGACAGCUCCGACGGCAUCCACACAUACUCGUUUGCUCACGUUCCUUCAGAAUAACUUCAUCAGAUUGUAUGGUAUGAAGAUUAAAUUACGAUUUCUUUUCGUACUUCUGAAAGCGCUCCGUUCGAAAAGGCUGACACAGAUGGAUGACUAUGCCAGAACUCGGGCUGCGGAGGCUGAAAGGACUGGUCAAAAUGCCGAACACAGCCUAUUUCGAACCAGCCAAUACCUCAACCAAGUUGAUCUGUGGGAAUGCUUGACUGACUGCAGACAUGACAUAGUCCUAAAAACUGGGAUUGGGGCAUUGAAAUUUAAUACAAAAACAGAGUCUCUGGGUGACCACUCAUUUCUUGAUGUCGUUCAUUUGAGGACGUGUAUUUUAAGUCAUAUUUGUGAUCAAUGCAACGGCUCAACGCUAUCCUUGUUGUCUGGGUCUGGGCGUGAAUGUGAUGCGAAACUCGAGAAAAUGGCUUCGACGGCCUUCCUCCUCAUCGAUGAUUUUCCUUCUCUUCGCAAGGCACUUUGGCAGCAAGAUGAUGAGCAAUACUUGUUGCAACUAAAGGCGCUGGCUGUUUUGUAUUUAAGACUGUUUCAUCUGGUUGCUGAACGACACUGCGUGGACCAGAAACCUAUCGAAUGCUCCCUGAAAUUUUUAGAUCGUGCGUUCCAUGGAGAAGAUGCUGGUCACAAAUCACAAAAAGUGUUGGUCGAACAAGUGAAUCAAGCUUUAUACAAACGCUUGGCAGACGCUAUAGAUGUGGAUAUCGGAAACAACAUUGUUGAGCUAUUGUCAUUGUUUGUCGCUCGGAUUAAAGGACGAUUUGUUGGCGAAGUAAUUCAGGCCAACCUCUCCUUUAUGUACACUGUCUACGACGACAUGGACAACGAUGCUGUAUCUGUUGAAAUUGGAAGGCCCCGAGUAUUUCAAUCGCUUUUGAAAGCCAGCAUAACUGAUUUCACAACGGAUCGCCAUAAAGCCUUGAUACGCGCUGUGGAUACAAUGGUAUCAAAAGUUUCUGAAGCAUCCGACAGGAGAGACAGUCAGGUAGUUCUUCGUCACUUUCAAAGCGGUCUUGUGCGACACUUUGGUCUCGUUCACUUCACCGAUUCUCCUUCCAAAGAAUACGUCUUAUCGGCAUCAAAGCUCAUCACUGAAAUCGAUUCUUUCCUUUUCAUCUUUGGUCGCAAGGUGGGGUUGAAACGAGACCAGACACAUCUUGGAGAUCCAAAACCAUCAAAACGAGCAUGGGCAUCUGGUUUGCCUUUUAUUCCUGCACUCGACGGAAAAACAUUCCAUGAAAUGUAUCACAGUGUUAUGCGGUUUGUCAUUGGAGCCGCAGCGCUCUCUGAUCCUUCUUCAACGCCUUCUUCAGGAGUGCCUGCUCUUGGGCCUUACGUCGACCUGGCAGCUCUAUUUCAGCUAUUUGGCCGCCUCAUCGCUAUAUAUAAAAUGAAUUUGAGCGUAUUUCCACGCAAAUCCUUCACUUUCGUCAUACAAGAUGCCCGAAUGAUGCUCACAGUUGCUGUUGUACAGCUGAAUUGUUCUGUAGAUUGGCGCAACCUUCAACCUUUGUUGUCUGUUGUGGACCGAAGACGUGGUCAAGUUGAUCUGGGGGCGAUGUCGUAUUUUGAAACGUUUCUGAACGUUGUAUCUUAUAAUACAGUGGGUCAAUUGUGGCGUCUGGCAGAAAAAAUGCGGUCGGAUACUUCUAAUGAUAUGUCCAAGAUCGCAGCGCUGAGGGCAGUGACAGACAAAGCAUCCCGGAAAUUGAAGACUAUAGCUAAUGCUCACAACCUAAAGGCUAUAUCGUUUGAAUCCAUGGACGAAUUCGAUGGUCAAGAGAAACCGCCACUUUCUGAUCCUAUUCGGGGCUUUCACUUGCUUGCAGCUGCCGAUAAAGCAUGGUGGAACGAGAUGUCCUGUUUACCGAUAGUGGGAACACCACGCGGAGAUGCCUCUGCGGCCAAGAAGCGAUCUUUACAGGACUUGGGAUCCUCUUCUGACGACAAAAAUGUCACAGAAGAGGAUCUACCCGACCAGGGAGAGUUGCUGGAGGUUGGGGUGGUGAUUCAGAUGGAGACGAAGACGACUCGGUCGAUGAACUCCUGCUGCUUGUGCCGAAACUAACGCAACACAAUUAAUAGGAUAGAGAAGUGCGUAAUAUUUAGGGACAGAAGUAUGCUAGUG